GUCAAAACAGCCUACAACAACAUGAUGGACCUGUUUGAGACCAACACUUAUUUUUUCAACGAUUUACGUUAUCUCGAGGCGGACCAUGGGACCUUGGAUAUGCCUGGAGUGUCCCCACUCUAUGAGGGGAAUGACAGUCCCCUGUCCCCGGGACAGGAUCCGGUCCCGUCCGAGACAGGGUGCGAGAGCAGCGGGGAGGAACACGUCCUCGCACCGCCGGGGCUCCAGCCUCACUGCGAGGGUCAGUGUCUUAUGUGGGCUUGCAAGAUCUGUAAAAGAAAAUCCGCGCCGACCGACCGGCGAAAGGCCGCCACUCUGCGAGAACGAAGGCGGCUUAAAAAGAUCAACGAGGCGUUUGAAGCGUUAAAGAAAAAGACGGUGCCCAAUCCGAACCAGAGGCUGCCCAAAGUGGAGAUUUUACGCAGCGCAAUAAACUACAUCGAGAAACUGCAAGACCUGUUGCAUACGCUGGAUGAGCAAGAACAGAACUCUGACAAUGACCCUUACACAUACAGCGUGAAAGAAAACCAUGUGGCUCCCAAUGAGUAUCACUGGAAAAAGACCUGCCAGAACUGGCAGGGGAUUCCAGAUCAUUCCAACUCCCAGAUGGCCGGUCACCGAGAAGAAGCCGCAGUGGAGUCUUCAACGUCCAGCAGCCUUCGUCGCCUCUCCUCGAUUGUUGACAGCAUUUCCACUGAAGAGACGAAAGCUCGCUGUCCCGACCAGAUCUCAGAAAAGUGAAGCUCAAGCAUCCACCUCACAUUUCCUACGUAUAUUUAUUUCCAUGAGCUAGUGUGAAUGUGUUAAUGUUUGUAUUAGGCGACACUUUGCAUAAGAUAACUUUUAUAAAGAAGUCAUUAACAAUUAUGCGUGAACAGAUCAUGUUCAGUUUAACAAAUUAAUACGAAAGCAUACACUACCAGUCAAAAGUAUUUGAACAGUAAGAUUUUUCAUGUUUUUUAAAAAUGAAUGUUCUGCUUACCAAGCCUUCAUUUAUUUGAUCCAAAGUACAGCAAAAACAGUAAAAUUCUGAUAUAUUUUUACCAUUUAAAAUGACUGCUUUUUAUUUGAAUAUAUUUUAAAAUGUAAUUUAUUCCUGUGAUUUUAAAGUUGAAUUUUUAGCAUCAUUAGUCCAGUCACACGAUCCUUUAGAAAUCAUUCUGAUAUUCAUUGCUGUUUAAGAAACAUUUAUUAUUAUUACUAUUAUCAUCUUCAAAUUUUUGUAACAUUAUACAAUAUAUUAAUACUUUGAUUUAGCAAGGAUGCUUUAAAAUAGAUCAAAAGUCAUUAUAACGACAUUUAUAAUAUUACAAACGAUUUUUAUUUCAGAUAAUUGUUGUUCUUCUAAACUUAUUUUUCAUCAAAGAAACCUAAAAAAAUUAUACUCAGCUUUUUUUAACAUAAUAAUAAUAUUUAUAAUAUUUAUUAAUAUUUAAUAUUUAUUUAUUUAUUGAUCACAAUAUAAGAAUGAUUUCUGAAGGUUCAUGUGACACUGAAGACUGUAGUAAUGAUGCUAAAAAAUCAGCUUUGAAAUCACAGACAUAAAUGUUUUAAAAUAUAUUCAAGUAGAAAACAGUUAUUUUUAAAUUUUACUGUUUUUGCUUUACUUCGGAUCAAAUAAAUGCAAGCUUGGCAUGCAGAAGAGUCUUUAAAAAGCAUUUAAAAACUUUUGACUGGUAGUAUAUGUGAUCUGUUAAGCUUUGUGUAAUUAAAUAAUGUAUUUAUGACAUUGCAAAUAUUAUUAUGAAGUGUUCCAAUGUAAUAUUUAGAUUUUCUUUUUUUUCUUUUUCUUUUUCUUUUUCAUAAAUGACCAUUCAGUGUAGUUGCUGCAGGUAAUUCCAGGUUAAUUUCAGGGUCAUUAAUAUCAACAGAAUGAUUCCUGACAAUUUAUGUAGUGUUCCUAAAAUGUACAUAUUUUGUAAUAUAUUGCUGUUACUUAAAUUAUUUUAUAAAUUAACAAGAAAAAUAGAGCACUUGAUCACUGCCGGAUAUCUUUCCAACAUUAAACAUU